AUGACGCCCGGCAAACAUUCCCGAGCCUCAGUUCCAGCCGCUAACGCCGGUAGCGGGAUACAGGGACUCCAGAAGCAGUGAGAAAAGGGGUGGUGGACCACUCCCCAGCCAGUCGCCAUCAUGCCAGUCUCUCCGGCAAACAGUCGCAAGCAGCAGAACUUCGCGUUGAGCAACACACAAUUAAGGAAGUCUUUUAGCAUUGUUAAUCCAGUCAAAGCAACUACAAUGAAAGGAUAUAUUGGUGCAAAUCAAAGCCGAAUGGCUGUGUCAAAAACCAUGGUUAUUGUACCUGAAUUGAAAAUGGCAGAAAAAAUGAAUAUUCCCAGCACAAAGACAGUACAGGUAUUUGAUGCAAAUGGAGUUGAUGUUACUCCUCGACCUCUUUACCAUCCAGAUCCACAUAGUGGUACAGCAAAGCCAAAUAAACUCUUGACAUCACAAGAAGGAUCACUUGGUUCAGAAUUUAUAGCUUCCUAUAGCCUUUACCAGAAUACAAUAAAUCCUAGUAUGUUAGGGCAGUUUACAAGAUCAGUUUUAGGAAGCAGUACAGUUUCUAAGUCAAGUGCAUCGACAACUGAAUCAAUAGCAGAAGACAUAGAAGAACCAUCUUUUAAGCGAGAAAGACUGACUAGUUUUACAGAUUUACGAGUUACAAAGGCAACACCUGAAAAAAUAACAAAAGAAGACCUGGAAAAGAAUAUAGAGAUAAUACUCACAGAGACAGAAACACUGAGAUUUUUUGACUUGCCAACAGUCAUGGUCUCUGUAGAAGCUGAAGAAGCUGAGAAAGUAGCCCAGAGAAACAGGAAAUAUGACAUCCUUUGUAGAAAUAGGUUAGGCAAUGACCUGUAUGUUGAAAGGAUGAUGCAGACUUUCAAUGGAGCACCAAAGAAUAAAGAUGUUCAAUGCGAAAAAAUCAUAAUGGAAGACAAAGGCAUAAUGUCUACUGCCUGGGAUUUGUAUGAUUCUUAUAAUGUUGUGGAACUUUCACCUUCAUCAGUAAAACCAUCUAUUAUUGAGUCAAGUAGUAAAGCAGGUGUACUUCCUAAAGAUCAAGACGAAAGAUCACGAGGGAGCACUAUAGAAAAAAAUAGUGAAGCUAGUUCUCUAAUGGAUAUAGAAAAUGUAAUUCUGACAAAGAUCCAUGAUGGUGAGGAAGACCACUCAGAUGCAAUAUUAAAAUCUGACAAAUUUCAUCAGGACUUGUUUUUUAUGGAACGGGUUCUAAUGGAAAAUAUAUUUCAGCCAAAACUUGCAGCUUAUCGUCAGCUUCCUGUUUUAAAAGAACGUGAACCCGAAGAGCCUAAAGACUUUUUAGAAAGUGAAAAACAUGAAGAAGUAGUGGAAGAAGCUAAGAAGGAGGAGGAAGAAGAAAUAGAAAUAGGUGCAGAAAAAUCAACAAUACCAGCCAAUCUGGAACGACUUUGGUCUUUUUCCUGUGACUUAACCAAAGGCCUUAAUGUGAGCAGCCUUGCCUGGAAUAAAGCAAAUCCAGACCUUUUGGCUGUUGGCUAUGGGCACUUUGGAUUUAAAGAGCAAAAAAAAGGAUUGGCUUGCUGCUGGUCAAUAAAGAAUCCCAUGGUAACCUAA